AUGCGCCAAAGCGCCGUGGCCGCGGUGAGGCGCCUGGCUCGGCCGGCGAGGCCGAGGUGGAUGGUGACGGCACCGACCUCCUUCAGGGAAUCGCAGGAGCAGAUAAGCCUGAGCGAAAGGCAGGAGGCCUUCUUGCUGGAGCGCCUGCCUCGUGCUUGGAACGAGGAGCAUGUGCGAAAGGCGUUGAGCAGCUGCGGGCAAGACUUAGGAGAAACAUGGCGCAGCAAAAUCUUGCUGAUGCGGUCUCGUUUGGGCACGUCGAUGGGGCGAGCUCUUGUAGCCUCGCCAACUCACAUUCCCGAUGUUGUUAAGGAGCUUCCCUGGGGAACGACAUACCGUCCCAUGGACAGGUCAGACAUCGAGGCCUUCGUGGAGCAGUGUGAGAGGUUCGUGCAUCUCAGCGAGGACUUGAGACGUAUCGCUGCACCAGAAAGUUUCUUGCGAGUUCUUACCAUCACCGAGGUUCCGUCAAAUUAUGGGCGGAAGGACAUUGCACAUAUUCUGAAAGAGCGGUGCAACGUGACCGUAGCACUUGCUGACAUAGUUUUCCGUUUCAAGCGGUGGGGGAGGCAGGCAGACACGUGUUACGUCGUCUGCCCCACGUCAGAAGCUGUCGACCGCUGCGUCCAAGAGAUUCAGGAGCUUGCUGUGCCCAAACGGGUCGCCCAUGGUUCACUUUUCGGAGCUGCUUUCUUGUGGUCCAGUCGUGCAACGCUCUUCCUGAGCGACCCUGCCUUAGACUUUCUCCUCCAUGACUCCAAAACGUGGGUGUUUACCACCGGAUGGCAGGAGGACAUGACGGAGGAAGAGUUCCUCCAGGUCAUGCACCAACUUCGGUUUUAUCCAGUCCGUGCAGUUCGCCAUCCCAUCGUAGCUGACAAUUCCAGCUCUUUUUUCGUGAAGUUUGAGCAAAUGGAGGGCUUCAGCGGCGCGAAGCGGGCCAUGAUGCGGCUGCGCCGCUUGAAAUGGCGUUGGAGGAUCAAGCAGGCGGUCCCCUUUUUUGCGUAUCCACGUCGCAUCGACGUUCACCGUGCAGGAGAAUUUCGGCAUGAAGAUGAAUUGAGCGAUGGUGACUCUGACAUUGACGAACCUGUGCACUACUGA